UACCGGACCAGACUUUCCUGCCGGAAAGGAACGCACAUACAUUAAAAAAUAAAAGGAUAUCCCUUGAGAUUUACAGUUAGUACUCUCUCAGCAAGUCUUCUGGGAAGUGAAUUUGACAUGGAGAAUGGUCUCUUGUGCUCUUCUAGUGAGCUAUGGAUGAAAGCGAAGACGUGCCAAAAGAUUUUAUCAAGCUCAAGUCUGAAAAACUCUCUGUAGAGGAAGUGUCAGAGCUGGUCAUUUCGCCAUACUGUGGGGCAGUGUCUCUGUUCAUUGGUACUACAAGAAAUAAUUUCGAAGGGAAAAAGGUGAUUCACCUAGAGUAUGAAGCAUAUACUUCAAUGGCAGAGACUGAAAUAAAGAAAAUCUGCAGAGAUGUUAGACAGAAAUGGCCAUCAGUCAAACACGUUGCAGUGCACCAUAGACUUGGCUUGGUUCCAAUAACUGAAGCAAGUGUAAUUAUUGCGGUCUCCUCUCCACACAGAGUGGAAUCCCUUGAAGCUGUGAGGUACUGCAUCAACACCUUAAAAGCAUCCGUCCCAAUAUGGAAAAAGGAGAUUUAUGAGGACGAAUAUUCUUGGAAAGAAAACAAGGAAUGCUUUUGGGCAAAUUCAGAAAAAUAACUGUACUCUUUUAAAAAUAAAGUCUUACUGUUCCUAAUGAG